CGUCCUCAAGCGAAACAAGCCGUGGAGAGCCAGUGGCCGCUCCUCCUCCCAAGCUGGACUUUCUUGUGGGAUCAGCCCACAAGGAAGCAAAUUAAAGGCCGCCCGGCCCAGCAACUGCAUAUAAGAGCAAACAGAUCACCAGGGGAGAAUUUUUUAAAGCACCCUCCCUUCUGUCUCACCCAGUUAAACAGAAUGUCCCAAUCUAAACAGGGUUAGUUGGGAAACAAUGUAAUAUACUUUACAAACAAGGCUGCUGCAAUUUAACAGCCUGAUGCUAUGCAGAAUUAGACAUGAUUAAAGGUAAAGUGUACUGUCAAGUCAAUUUCAACUCCUGGUGCCUACAGAGCCUGAAAAUCAAUGGACUUAGGUGCACCUAAUUCACAUAAAGAUCUGGCAGUAUGUGAGGCUUAUGUUUCAGUGAACAUGCCUAGAAUUAGACUUCAAAGUGUUUUUCCUCAUCCCUAAAUGCAUCUGUUGCAAACUGAGGCAAGUUGAAAACUCUCUCCAUUAUUGUGCAAUGUAUGCAUUUUUUCAAAGGCAAGUCCUACUGAAUUAAAUGGGACUUACUCCCAAGGAAGUGUGUGUCAUAGUCAUAGCAGCAGCAGUAGCACAGCUUACUUUUGCUGCCUAGUAUACAAGGCUUCCACUCUUCCAAUUAUAGGAAAUAGAAUUCCAUCAAUUAUAAAAUAACAAAGUUUCUUCUUCUUUCUUCUAUUUGCCUUUUUUCCUUUGCAUUUGUCUAUUUUUUCUUAAAGAUUAUUAAUUUCUUUAUUGAAAAUAUCAGUCUUGCUCUAAUUAGACAACUCUAGCAAGCUGAGUGAUAGUGUUGCAAAGAUCCCUUCUCCCCUUUAAGAGGGUAGUGGCAUAGAAGGGCCUGGACAUGAAACUGAGAGAGAAACCUUUCCUGGCUAAGUCACAGCAUUUCCUGUGUGACCUUGCCAAAUGCUUUACUCUGAAGAUAUAUGAGCACUUUUAACUAUAUACAGAUUAAUAUUAAUAUUAUCCAGUCUCCCGGAUAAUAUCAGAGCUCUCCAUGAUUUGUUGGCUUUCCAUAAGGCAUGCAAGACAGAAAUGUUCCGUCGGGUGUUCAGUCGCUGAGAUAGCUGGUCGUAGAGUGAUCUGGAGCACUGCUGACGUAAGGGGUUUGGUAAGUGCAGGGUUACUCUUAAGUCUUAAGUCCACACCAUAGCUCUCACAUAGAAGGAAGCUUGGCAACUUACUGCUCUGAUAAAUGGCUUUCUUUUACACAAGUACAUCUCCACUCCUCAUUACCACACCUCUGCACUUCCAUGUCAGAGCACACCUACAAUUUAACCAGAGUUAAAAUCCCCGCACAGCCAUUAAACUCACUGGGUGACUCUAGGCCAGUCGCUUCUCUCUCAGCCUAACCAAUCCACAGGGGGGUUGUGACGAUAAACAUAAUAAUAACAACCAUGUACACAGCUCUGAGCUCAUUGCAUUAAAACUAGCAAAUCUCCAAGAUUUUCUCUCCCCAGCUCCAUUUAGCACGACUUGUUUGCCAGAUUUCUUGUGUGAGCGUGUUAUGCGAGCAAUUUCUAAUAAAUCUGCUCUCUUAAAAGAGAGAGAGAGAGUUAAUACUUUGUCCUUCCAACCAAAGCAGUCAGCAGUCUAUGAUGGCCUGCCCCCUCCUUGCUCUUGAGAUAAGGCUCUCUCAACGUGGACAAAAGGGAACAUGCCAAGCUGGAAGGAACAUUGCCCAGGAGGAGCUCUUUGCAGCUUCUUAAACUCGACCAGGGUUUGCUAUUGAAUUUGUAACACCUUUUCCAAGGCUUUCUUUUUCUCAUAAGUGGGCAUGGAGGGGUGCUAAGAGAACCCAAACAAAACUACAUGUCCCAGCAUGCCCUGGCCCUGAGAAAUCUCGUCGCACAAGAGCAAAGAUUUGACGCUAAAGGAAUUAAGGGUGUGAGACGGGGUGAGCAACUAUUGCUUUUAGAGCGGAAAGUGAGCAACUUCUGGAGACUUUGACAAGCUGCGGAUCGGAUUGGGUCUAUUUUUUCUCUACGGAAAACCUCCGUGCGUACAGCAAGAGGAAGGCCUGCCUGAAGUAACUUUCGGCGUAGACAAGGCAAGGCAAGUCUUUUUUCCUCUUCGCUUCCUGAUCGGAGAGCAAACAGACACGCAGCAGAAUGAGUUUCUCUUAAGCUGGACCAGCCUGUAAUUUCCAAGACUGCAGGGGGAUGGUGUGUGCAUCUUUUUGGAAACCUACUAUGCUACUCAGAGUAGACAAAACACUGCUUUUUGCCUGAGCUGGAAAGUGGAACAAAACAAAGAAAUUAAAACUCAGCAAAAGAUGGCAGAGGAAAUGAGCAAGCAAGGAUUCCCUGAAGGAAAGGAGUUGGCUUCACUGGAGGAGAUGACCCUCCAGUCUUCACAUAAUGAAAAUAUCCUAGACAAUACCCAAGAAAAUAAAAUUGAAGAGCCUAAUCCAGUACAUUUGGAUGCACCUCCAGAUGUAAAGACACAGGGUCUCUCUCAUGAGACAAAUAGUUUAGCUGGAAAUUCUCUUGUGGUAGAUGAAGAGGAGUCUUUGUUGGGGGGAAACAGUUCAUGCAAAACCAACCCAGAAGGAAAAAAUAGUUCAGUGAGCCAACAAAAUGAGGACUCAUCUGGACAUCUUGGAGAAAUAAAGGUUCCAUUGGACAUGAAAAUGGCACCGAUGAUUCAAAAGCCUGAGGAUGAAGAGGGGAAGAAAUCCUUAACUGAAGGCUUCCCUGAAGAAAAGAAGUUGGCUUCACUGGAGGCGAUGACUCCCCAGUCCCCACAUAGUGAAAGUAUCCUAGACAAUACCCAAGAAAAUAAAACUGAAGAAUUUAAUCCAGUACAUUUGGAUGCACCUCCAGAUGUAAAGACACUGGAUUUCUCUCAUGAGACAAAGAGUUUAGCUGGAAACUCCCCUGUGGUAGAUGAAGAGGAUUCUUCAUUGGAAAAAGACUCAGAUUCUGAUGUAAUUCCGCUGAACAUAGAGGUCGAUGGUUCUUCAGAAUGCAAUGCAGAGCUUCCUUUGAGUCCAGCUAGCUUACCUGAUAGUUUUAUAGAAAAAGAUAUGGUGGAUUCCGCAAAUAAAUGGUCUAAACAUUCAUCCCAAGAAGAGAAAACCAGUACAAGCAAAGCCAACCUGGAAGUAAAAAAUAGUUCAACGAGCCAGCAAAGUGAAAAGCCAUCUGAUGAUUCAAAAAUGAUUCAAAAGUCUAAAAAUGAAGAGGGGAAGAGAUCCUUGACUGAAGGCCACCUCUCUCAUGGAGUUUCACUGGUAGUCUUUGUGGUUUUGGUUGCCAUUGUAAUACAAUGCAGAGGCUACUAUACUUCCCGCCCCACAAAUGUGCCAACUAAUCCAGCCGUGGAGGCCUUCUUGUCAAGGUUUGAUCCACUAAAGAACAGCUUCCCAGGUCAAAGCCCUUACCUGUGGGGACGGGUGCGUAAAGUCCUGCAGAAACACCUCAAUGCUUCCCACCACACUGAACCAGCUAUCUUAAUCUUUACUGCUGCCCAGGAAGGCGAAGCAACCUUGAAGUGCCUGAGCUCCCAGAUUGCUGAUGCUUACUCCUUAUCCCUCAAGGGUAGCACGAUCCAGGUAGAUGGAGUUCUUAAAUCCACCCUAAGCAGUGACCAUGCCAAGCUGGCGGUUGAUGAGGAGCUGAGCUUUGGCUUCCGUGGAGGAGGGAAGGCAGCAGUGGUGCAUCAGUUUGAAUCGCUGCCUGCAGGUUCCACUUUGAUCUUCUACAAGUACUGCGACCAUGAGAGUGCGGCUUUCAAAGACGUGGCACUGGUAUUGACAGUCCUCCUGGAGGAUGAAAAACUGGAGCCUAACGUUGGCCUGCGAGAUGUGGAAGAGAAGGUGCGAGAUUUCCUCUGGGCUAAAUUUACCAGUUCAGACAAUCCUAGGUCCCAUAGCCACAUGGACACGGACAAGCUGAGUGGGUUGUGGAGUCGCAUCUCCCAUCUAGUCCUGCCAGUCUCUCCAGUACAAGCUGUUGAGGAUGUUGGCUGCCCUUUGAAAGGAGGUUGAUGAGAUGGGCUUCAAAGGAAAGCAAAAGAGAUCUGAAGGGUUUGUGCCAAUCAGAAAACCUUUUCAGAGAGACUAUAAGCCAAGUAGGAAUAUACAGGUAUUCAUGAGAAAUGUGCUCAUUUUAGAUCUAUUAUGAACAUUCAUCUGUUUUGAUAAUGGCUUCCUCAGCAAGAUGUUAGAAAAGAAACAAGCACCUUGAUACUUUGUCAAACAAAAAGUCCCAUAUCUGUGACACUUCAAAGGCUGAAUGCACUGCAGGUAUUAGUGUAUCUAUACAAGACCUUCUUGUAUGCCUGGUUUAAUGCUUUGACAUUAAAUCAAAAGCACGGGAAAGAAUAUCUCAAUUUGAUUCAGUUUGGUGCAGGAGAAGCCUUCCUGAGUCAUGUGGACAGCACUGCUUUAGCUGUCCUUGAUAUUCUUCCCAUCUGCCAUACCAAUGGCUGGGGAACAGCAUAAGCUGAACUUGGGGUAUAUGUGGGGUUUGUGGGGACUGGACGCACUAAAUGAGCAACAUUCUCUAAGGCUCAUGCAGAUGUACUUUCAGGACAAAUCUGCCCCAAAUAAGCUCUUAAAGUACUUCAUACCAAAAGAAUGGUAGUCUCUAUACUCUAAGGGAUAUUUGUAGGAGACUUGGUGUCAUAAUCUGAUCCCUGGGAUGUGCCAGUGUGUUUCUCAGUUUGGGCUUCAUUUGCACCUACCAUCUUACAUUGUAUUUCACUACAGCAUGAACCACUUCUGCACAAUUUGCACAAUUCUUGAGAUUUUAUCAAUUUGUCACCAGAUGAACUUCAUGCUGGGGAAGAAUGAACCAACUGCAGCUGUUCUAUACUCCCUUGCACGGGUUUUCACAAAGAGAAAGGAAAGAUCAGAGGUCAUUUGAGGCUGCUCAAAUCAUGUGCAUGUAAGAUUCAAAUCAGCCUGUACACUGUGUCAUAUCUCUGUUCCAAAGUUACUUGGAAGGGCAUUCCAGUUUUCUCUGCCUUGAUCACAGGAAGAAGAGGGUCAAUUCCAUAUAUUUUCUUUUCAAGAGAAUAAUAUUGGAGCCAGCUCUAUGUAUUUUUAUAGGAAUUUUGAAAAAUAUGCCUUACUUUCCUCUGCCCACCAUUGUGGUGGUAUUGGUGGGGUGGAACUGGAUGUAAUGGUGGAUGCCAAAAACAGCAGCCUCAUGUUUCCAACUCUUUUCUGUCUUGCUCAUGUCGAAUUCUACCAAACAUGGCAUAAUGCUGCUGUGUUGAGUUUCCUCACUCCGGCAAGUAGCAGCCAAUGAAGCUGAGCGGAGGGGCAGAGAAAUUCACAAAGUGGCAAUGUCCCAUCAUGUGUUUUGUAGUAGUAGACACUUUUGGGGGGUGAGUGAGAGAGGAGAUGACAACAUGGGGUUGCUGCUUUUGGUAGCAGCCAUACAGCUUUCAUGACUUCUAAUGUCCUAUCUAAGCAUGGUCUUGAAUGCAGAUGAUAUUUCUUGACCGAAUUCUAUCCUGCCCAUUCACACUGGCAUCAUGUUUAUGCCCUUGCUCUCUGAAAAGGUUUUCUUUCUUUCUUAAAUUCACCUCUACGUUUCAAAAAUAUGUUGAAAACAAAAAGGAGGAUGCAUUGUCUUGCACAAACAUGUACAAAUGCUAUUCCUAACUUUGUUACUGCUGGCCACUUGUGAUUUGGGCACAUCAACUCACCUGCCUGUGCCUUAGUUUCCCCUGUUUGUGAAAUGGGGAAGGACCGAUGAAGCUACAAGGUAGCAGUUCUCCAUGAACUAUUUCAGACAGAACCUCUCUCCCCUAGCUGUUUGUAAUGCACAAAGCUGCUAAAUGUUAAGAACAAUUUUUACCUGUUUAAUAAUUUCAAAAUAAAUCUGCUGUCAUUC